AUGAUGAAGCCAUUAUCACGCAUUGGAAAAACUUAUGAGAAGAACGACCACAGAAGUUAGCAGCUGGCGAGACGUUUUCCCAGUCAUAUAGACUCCAUCAGGAUGGCAGGACAAGCGAAUCGUUCGAUGCUUCUAUUUGACAUUCCUCCUGCUCAGAUCGAGACAUUCUGUAAAAUUAUGGACAGCGGAAUUGGUACUCUUGGAUGGAAAGGUUUGGCUGCGCGGAUCUUGCCCACCUGGCUGGAUGUGCGUUGCACAGAAAUGAGGGAGGCUGCGGGAAAGAGUCCUACCCAGGAGCUGCUCUGGUCCUGGGCGCAACAGAACAAGACGGUCGGGGAUCUCCUCCGGGUACUGGAAGACAUGGGACACUGGAGAGCGCUCAGCCUCUUCCAGUCAACAGGUCACACUCCAAGUAAUCUCCCAAAGCCACCUCCACCAUCCCUUGAAGUCCAUAAGCCAAAAACAUCGAAUUGUAACACUGAAAAUCUAUCGAGCGAUUCAAGUUCAGUUGCUAUUAUCACUGCAGGAAAUGGAGCCAGGUUGAAGGUCUCAUUUGCAGACAUCGUAGAGGGAACUGGGAAUUUUCACCAAGACAGGAGAAUUGGCGGUGGUGCCUUCUCCGAUGUCUAUCGAGGGACAAAGGGAAACGAAAGCUUCGCUGUUAAGGUUUUUAAACAGGUGCAGAACACAUCAUGGCAGGUGCUCUGGGAGAAGUUCCGCAAAGAGAUGGAGGUUCUUCACCUCUACCAGCAUCCUAACAUCCUGGAGUUGUGUGGCUGUUUUUCUGAUGGGGAUCGCUAUUUCCUGGUUUACCCAUUCCUCCCAAAUGGUUCCCUCCACAAUAAACUACACAACCAGGAUGCUGGGAAAGCUCUCUCCUGGCAGGAGCGUCUGGAGGUCAUUAAAGGCACGGCGAAGGCGGUUCACCACCUACACAGCACGCAGCCGUGUGCGGUCGUCUGUGCCAACAUCAGCAGUGUCAAUAUCCUUCUAGAUGAAUGCCUUCAGCCCAAACUAACGGACUUUGGAAUGGCACGCCUCAGACCGCAUUCAGUUAAUCACAGUUGCACUAUCACCAUGAAGACCAGUAUCCAUGGCAACCUGGGGUACCUCCCAGAGGAAUACAUCAGAGAUGGAAAGCUGUCUGUCAAGCUGGAUGUAUACAGCUUUGGGAUGGUGGUGCUGGAGAUACUAACAGGGCAACAAGUCAUGCAGGACAAGCCAAAACACCGACCGCUGAGAGACGUGCUGGAUGAUGUGACUGAGGAGGGGGGCGGCGUGGACGCCUGCCUCAGGCUCCUGGACUCCAGGGCGGGCCAGUGGCCCAACGCAGUGGCCCUCUCUCUCCUCCGGCUGGGGAUGGACUGCAGCUCCAGCAAGGCCCGCAAUAGGCCUACUAUGGAUAUGGUGCUACAGACUCUGAGCCAGCUUCUGCCUCUCCCCUGCCCCCCUGAUGAUCAGCCACACACGCUGGACGAUGGCAUGGUCCUCCCAAAACACAGCAGCCCCCCCGCGCCCACACCCACGCACUCGCCCAGCCUGCCCGUGGAGGAUGACGACGAGACGUCCGGCCUCCCUCAGGGCGUCUCGGAGUGUGCCCCGCCCGACGCGGUCUCCAGCCUCCAAGACUCCGCAGCUCUGUCUGCGCAGUCGCAUCCGUGCGAGUACAGCCAAUCAGAGGUCACGUUCCUGGGCUGCAUGGACCGCAAUGGUGGCGGCCGACAACAGCAGCAGCAGCAGCAGCAGCAGCAGCAACGUCAGCCAGAGGGUCGGGACAGAUACGAGACGGCCGACGGGUUUGCGACAGCGUCUGCGACCGGGUCUGCGUGUCUGUCUGCGCAUACGCUGCAGUCGGACGGCGGAGGCGAGCCGGCGCUGGACCUGUACGGCAGCUGGCCUGUGCAGUGCAGCUGCACGCCGGACACAGACGUCCAGGAGUGCGAGGACUGCAGGGCCAACGGCUUCAGCCCCCUCCCUUCGUAUCUCUCUCAAGGAGUGGUCAGUGGCCCGUCUGAGAGCUACGUGGAGAACCCAGCCAAGCAAAGGCUCUGUAACAAGAUUCAGCAGUACAAUCACGGCCUUCUCUGCACGGAUGAGCUUCUGUCUAUCACUCCAUAAACCAGGCACACUUAUUCAGGGACAACAACCACAAACAGUUAUUUCAGGUAUUUAAUAGAAAUCUUAGAGCUAGAGACUGGCCAGUGACUAAAUAUCACAGGAACUAAGGGGAGUUUAGAAAACACAUUUGCAUCUGAGGUCUGCAUUAAGUGUCAUACUGACAAAUGUUUUGGUGUUAUUUUUUAAGUUGAAAAAUAUUGGCUAAUAUGUUGAUUUCAAGACAGUAUUUAUAUAUAUUUCAUACAUUUCAGUAUUUAUAUUAGCCUACAUGUCAUAAGCUACUUUUUGUCAUGAAAAUGUUCUCAAAAUGUACAUGUACUUGAAAUUAUGCAUUUUAAUAAAUCUUUGAUG